AUCCGCUUCCUCUUUUGAGCUGACAGUUGAAUGAGAACAGAGAGAAAGUCACAGUCUGCGAUAUGAAACUAUCACACAGCCCUCAUCUCUAGCACCACUCCUGAGAAAGAUUCAACCCUGUUUCGAGAACUUUCUUACCUCUGUCCCAAUUCACAGGUACUGCUUAGGGCAGAAGUAACAUACAGAGAAGAGAAGCCUGUCUGGUCUGUUGGUAGAAGGAGGUCCAGAGCACUGAAGACUGAUCUAGAAUCUGAGAGUGGUAGGAAGAACCCUGUGUGAUAAAAGGAAGAGAGAACACACUUGCGAUAUAAACCUGAAGGCAUCAGUUUGAUAGGAAGGCCUGAAAGUGGGCUCGAACAAUGGAGGCAUCGGUACUGAGCCCCACAUCCUGGGAGAAACGAAGGGCCUGGUUACGACAGAGUCGUAACUGGCAAACCCAGGUCCUGGAAGAGGAAGCAGCAGCAGCUCUUCAGGAUGCACUGGAUCCCGAGCCUUCUAGCCUGGAUGAUGUUUUCCAGGAAGGGAAUCCAAUCAAUAAGAUUGAGGACUGGCUGCAGGGCUGUGGUUGUAGAGACACUGAAGAGGGCCUUUCUGAAGAAUCAGGGCAAUCUAACUACAGUGGAUAUUCUAGCCAUGGGACAAGCUUUGAAGAUGACUUGAGUCUUGGAGCAGAGGCCACAUUACUGUCUACCAAUGGAAACCUCUUCUCUAGGAAUUUCCUCCAGACACCCAGGCUUUGCCAGUUACUUGAUCUUGGCUCUAGUUUGGCUUCCAGCAGCAUGACUGGUGGAACCAACAAAACCAGUUCAAGCAUCUCAGAGAUUCUGGACCAGGUACAAGAAGAUGCAGAAGAUAUUCUUUUCAGCCUGGGCUUCGGGCACGAGAACCACAAAGACACAUCUCGUAUCCCUGCAAGAUUUUUCAGCAACCCUUCUCAGGCCAAGGGCAUUAACUUUCAGCUCUUCCUGAAGUCUCAGGUGCAAAGGAUGGAGAUGGAGGAUCCCUGCCUGAUGCUGGCCAGCCGGUUUAAGCAGGUGCAGACGCUGGCUGUCACUGCUGAUGCUUUCUUCUGUCUCUACUCCUAUGUGUCUAAGACACCUGUCCAAAAGUUCACACCAUCCAACAUGUUCUGGAAUUUCGACCCAACGGAUGUGCCAUCCAUCAGGAUUCUGGCUCCAGAGCCUGAACCCUACUCACCCAGAGAACGUCUCAGGAGAGCAAUCUCAAAAAUGUGCCUGUAUACAGGUUCCCGAGAUCGGCUAUCAUCAUCUUACAACAACCCCAAAAAGAACAGUUUGGAUCAAAUUGUGUGGGAAGUGAUGGACAGAGUGAAAGGAGAGAAGAUCCAGCAAGACCCUGAGCAUAGGCAAGCCCUUGGGGAAGAGUCUGUUCCCCCAAUACAAAAUACAAAUCCAUCUACUUCUUCCCUUCCAUGUGUUUCCUACCCUAAAGAAGAAACACAGGGAGACAUGUGCCAUGCUCAUGCUCUAGCAAGACCAGGUCCACAGUACCACAUAAACUCUACACAGGUAAGGAGACAGCUGUGGGUUCUACAGGACAUUAAUGAGAAGCCACGUUCAGCUGAGAAUGAGAGUCCAUGGGAAAGAAAAAGCAAAGCAAGAAAGAAUCUGUUUCAAAGGGUUCCUGUGGACAAGAAUAUUAAGUCAUUGAACUUGCCCACCAUCCAGCAGAAACAAAACCAGGGACAAGCCAGACAUGAGCUGACCAAUCUUUAACUCAGCAGCUUCAGGAUGCUUCAGAUUUGGAGCAGAUGAGAGCUCAGUUUCUCAUGAAACGUACAUGUACUGAUGUUUUUUUUAAAUGUUUUUCAUAUAAAUGAAAUUGGAAAAAAACUACACAUUCUUUAAUAAAAUAUGUCUUUUGCCAAGGACCAGCCUCAGCAUGGAGAGGGGUUCUGAGAGAAAGGGUGACUAGGAGCUUCGAAGACAAACAACUUGAAGUCAAAUCGUGGAUCCAAGCAAACGACCUGGGUUCUGCUUAAUACAGCUUUUCCAGUCUGCUUCUCUCUAUGUUAUGCUUUCUCUCUGGAGAUUUCUCUGUCAAUAUUCUGCUUGCCUGCUACUCUAAGAGAUCUCCCUGUCCAUGUUCUGCUUGCUUUCCUAUCUCUCUGUCCAUGUCUUUGCUUAAGUGUGUGUGUGUGUGUCCAUCCAUUCAUCUGUUUGUCUAUCUGUACAAACACAGUGGGACAGGAAGGUUUUGGGUGUCCUUUUUUUCAUUAGUUAAAUUCUUUGUUUCCUUUACAUCCUGAUCAUAGCACACCCCCCCUCCCAAUCCUACUCUCACAAUCCCUCCCCCUUAUUAACCCCUCCUUCUCUUCAGAGGAAAGGAAGAGCCUCUUGGGUACCACCUGCCCUGGCAAGCUUCGGCAGGAAUAGAUACUCUCCCACUGAGACCCAGCAAGGCAAUCCAGCUAGGGGAGGGAAUCUAAUGGCAGGAGGCAGAGUCAAAGGCAGUCCCCACUCCAAUUGUUAAGGGGGCUAACAUGAAGCUGCGCAUCUGCUACAAAUGUGUAGGGGGCCUAGGUCUAGCCCCUGCAUGCUCUUUGGUUGAUGGUUUAGUCUCCGUGAGCCCCCAUGGGCCCAGGUUAGUUGACUGUGUAGGUCUUCUUGUGGUGUCCUUGAUCCCUCUGGUUUCCUCAGUCCUAUCUCUUUGGGUAUUUUUUUAGCAAUCCAUCACAGACAGUUUUUUUAAAAAAAA